UGACACAGACGGGCAGAGGGAGCCAUGGUGUUGGCAGAGUGACACAGUGCCCCAUAGAGCCCGGCUCUCUCCUGUCUCCUGGAUGCUGUCAUUGCUGCUGCUGCUUCCCCUGCUCUGGGAGGGGUCCCUGUCCCAGACACUGCGGAUGCAGCGCUCGGUGACCGUACAGGAGGCGAUGUGUGUUCAAGUUCCCUGCACCUUUCGGGCCUCUGAACUCCGAAACUAUUCACCCAGCCCUGUUUAUGGCUACUGGUUCAGAAAAGGGGUUCCUGUUAGAGAUGGUGAUCCUGUGGCCACAAAUGACCCAUCCCGUUGGGUGCAGGAGGAAGACCGGGGCAGAUUUUAUCUUCUUGGGGACCCCAGGCUGCUCAAUUGCUCUCUGAGCAUCAUGGACCCCAAGCUCUCAGACACUGGGGAAUAUGUCUUCCGUUUGGAAAGAGGAGGCCUCAAGUUCAGUUUUAUAAUGUAUCCCCUUUAUGUGAAUGUGACAGACUUGACCCAGAAACCAGAUAUCUACGUUCCAGAGAAGCUAGAGUCGGGGAAAGCAGUGAUUCUGAAUUGUUCAUUUCCUUGGGUCUGUGAGGAAAACAAGACCUUCAGAUUCUCCUGGAUGGGGGCUGCCCUCCCCUCCCAGCAAAAAGUGCUCAGUUCUUCCCCCUACUCAGAGGUCUUCUUCAUUCCUGGGCACCAGCAUCAUGGCUCCAACCUCACCUGUCAAUUGACCUUUCCUGGACGCCAAUUGAGCACAGAGAGAACCAUCCAACUCAGUGUGUCCUAUCUUGUGCAGAAUGUGACCAUCUCCAUCGUCCAGGACAACAGUACAACGGGGAUUAAUUAACAAACUUUCAGGAUAAUGGCAGAAGGGAUCCUCAGCUUCUUCAGCUUUUACUCUGAGGGCACAAAUAUGGAGCAGAUGAGGGAGACAGGAGAUGCAGGAUUUUUCAUUUUGCAGGUCUAAGUUCUGCUUGUCCUGGACUCCUCCUGUUGGGAUAAUAACAGCUCACAUGUUCUCAUGCCCUUAAGGGCUAGAAACUCUAAUAUUCUGAUUGGUUUUCUGGAGGUCUCUGGGUCAGCUUUCAUUUCAACAGAGUAAUCACCAUGAGAAUAGCCAGAGAUAAAGUCCAAAAGUCUUUAUUGUCUCCUUCACAGUCUUGUCUCCUUGCCUGGGGCUAGAGCUAGCUUUCUGGAGAUCCUCCAGGAUGUGUCUUGGUUUCUGUGGGGGAGUUAGGAGGUCCACCACAACAGCCUCUGUUUUGAAGUCUCCCUGAGUCUGGGAGCUUGUGCUCCUGCCUCUAGUCCUCUGUCUUCUCUGAGUCUGUCUCCGAGCCCCUCUCUGGCUGAGCUUGUCCCAGGGUUUAUAUGCAGUAUAUUGAGUAUAAGCCAAACAUUAUAUCACUAGGGAACCAUUAUUUGUUGUAAGACUAAUUCAAUCAUACUGAACUAGAGAACUAUUAAUCAUCAUGCUAAACUAGAUAACUAAUGUCUAAUCAAUUCCACUGACUUAACAACAUUUCUCCAGAGUUCUGGCCCAUUACAUCUCCUGCUUUUUUGUUUGUUUGUUUUAGAACAUAAGUGGUCACACUCUCCCUGACUUCUCAUGGAGUUGAAAACCUCCAAAAAGAGGGGGUCACACCCCUCCUGACUUCUCAGAAAAGGGAGCAAAAACACCAUAAAAGGAGGUGAUCACACCCUCCCUGACGUCUCAGGAAGGAAAAUGAGAACACCAAAGGGAAAUGAGGAGUCAAACCAGAUUAGCGGGUUUCUGAAGGGUCCCACUUGAAGUAGGUAUACAUAAAUCCAUCAACAUGGGAGGUAUUACAAGAAACCAUUUCCUCCCAACAGUUCCAUGAGGUAAGGAAUGGGAACAUUCCCAUCCCUAUUCCCCAGAUGAGAAAGCUGAGACUGAGAGCUGUGAGGAGGAUCUGAUUCAGUUCACAUAUAUCCAGCACCAGAGAGAUGUGAGCUCUGAAUGCAGGGUCUAAAAACAGUGCCCAGUCCAUUACGCCAAGAGCCAGUCCCACCUCAGACUUUCAGUUCCCAGGGUGGAGCUUUGUCCAUGGCCCUUAAUGAUGUUUCCCUAUUGGAUGUGAUGCCAAGGGAUUCUGCAAUCCAACCAAAUAAAGGGGCUUUGCUAACUUGCUGCUUCCAUUCUGUUUUCAAGGCUGAUAUGGGGGCUUUGAAGGGUUUAUAGAGGAAGAGAUUACAGGGAAUGGGUCCAUGAGCCAUGGUCAUUUGGAGCCGGAGGCUGACCAGGCUGACCCUUUAACAUUUAGUUAGGUUACUUUGAGACAUCAGGGUGGCUGGGUGUUUGAAACUGGUAAUUUGAACUCAUAUAAAGUAAGAUCCCAGGCUCAUGGUAUGGCCUUUUC